AUGGGGGCCAUACUUAGCCAACAAGGCCCAGACAACAGGCUGCACCCCAUAGCUUACAUGUCAAAAUCCUUCUCAGGUGCCAAAGCCAACUAUGACACCCACAAUAAGGAACUCCUGGCCAUCAUCAAGGCCCUAGAGGAAUGGCAAACUUGGAGUACUGGAUGCAAGCUUGCACCUUCAACCGCAGGCAUGCUUGAUGGAAAGCAGUCAGGGAAACCAGAUGCGCUCUCCAGAAGAUCAGACUACAAGGAUUCACCCCAGGAACCCAAAGUCAUGAUACCCCCCAAAGUCUUUGUUAAUACCAGAACAUCAGAAGAGGGGUUGGCAACUACAGAAGAGAUCCACUCAUUGCUCAGGGAAGAUCCCUCCCUAGAACCCAUCAUUUGCUUCCUCACAGAAGACAUGGACAAUGCCCUGCCAUCAAUCAGAAAGGCCUACAGGGAAUAUGACUGGUGUUACAAACCUCCUAACUUAUACCAUUAG